CUACGCGAGUCAAGCGGGAGCCUCCCGCCGCCAGUAUGGCGGCGGCAUCGCUCGCGCGCGCGGGUCUCGACGUUAACCACCGGGCGGCGGGUUAACUGAUCCCCGUCGAGCUCCGACGAGAUUAUUCUGUUGCUACGCCGAGACGGAAACAUGACGGCGAUCUCGUGUUGACUGGUUCUGUCGACGUCGAGGGAUGACAUCGUUCGGAUCCUCGCGCCUCGCUCGGUGACGUGAACCUAACCUAGCCUCAACAUGCUGUCCGAGGUGGACGUGUUUAUCAGCAACUAUACACUGGUCGACCCCGAGAUCUAUCAGCUCUGGGUCGACGGGCAUACUUCCAGCGAGGCGGUGAGCAUUCUGCACCAACGGGGAAUCUGCCAGCAGACGAACGCGCCGCUCGAGCUGGUCGCGUCUGACAUCCUCGACCACUAUCGCACCUACGCCCUGCUCGAGAAACUGCUCCACACCCCAACGAAGCUCGCCAGCGAGCAGCUGGCCUUCCAGAUCGAGCCGCAGACCAGCCAGAUGCUCAUAGAGAUGUAUUACGAGUUCGACGACGUCGUCAUUCGUGAGCUGCUGGGGAAGAAGAUCACGUCCAAGAGUAGGAAGGACAUGGACGAGGUGGCGGAGAAGACGGGGAUCACGUUGAAGAGCUGCAGGAGGCAGUACGACAACGUGAAGAGGGUGUUCAAGAUCGUGGAGGAUCUGCCAGGCUCGCUCGCGACCAAUAUCAAGCAGCAUUUCUUGCUUUCCGAGGACCUCGCCAAACGAUACGCCGCAGUGGUGUUUAUAGCGUGCCUGCGAUUCGAGAUGAACAAGAGGAAGUUGCAGUUUCUAACGUUUCCCGAUCUGUAUCACUGCGCCAACAGCAUGAUGGCGUCGUGGACGUAUCGUUGCGUCGGAUCCGAGUACUUCGACACCGACUUGGACAGGGAGUUUCUGCAGGAAUUGUCGGAGUGCCGAGUUCUCCUGGAAAACGACAAACAUCACAAGCAUUUGGUGUGCCUCAAGCUCAAGCCGAUGCUCCUCGAUCGAUCUUACCAAGAACUGGACGUGAACUUUCGUUCCUACUCGAGGGCGAUACUCGGAAUUGGAUGCAAUCUGCACAGAUCACGAGAAUUGAGAUUCUUCUUUCUGGAACUGGUGGAGAGAUGCGUCGAGCCUUGGCGACAGGUCAACUGGACGCAUUCCGAUCUACGGAAUUUCUUAGCCGUCUACACACAGUGCGCCCUCGACAUGGAUGUACUCAGAGAAGGAGAAUUGAGAGAUGCUUUUGAACGAUACAUGACGGUAGUGACGUGCUGUCUAUUACGUAUGUAUCACACAUGAUUAUUUAUGUAAAAAGAUGAAAAGAUAUAUGUAGUAAUAAUGUAUGUGUAUACUUAGAAGGUACAAGUAAACGAGAGAAGUGAUCAUUUGUA